GCUUUGAAGAGUUGCCAACAUCUUGGCGUCUUGAUAUGUCUUGAUCGUCUUGUGGCCAUGGAGUGGCAGGAAAAGGAUCUUUCAACUUGGGCCAAAGAGUCUCUACCUGAAUACUUGUCUUCUGCUUUGAAGGAUUUACACGGGCCAGUUCAGACACCAUGGUCUUCUUAUGAGGUACACCUGUCCCGUGUGGAAGUUAGUGGCGAAGCAGGCCUAUGUGGACGCAAGGGAAAGGCAGUACUUCAAUUUGACCUUGAUAUUGGUGCGCAACUUGACAUCAUCAAGGCCACUCGCUUUUACGACAUCGAGACAGUCGAAGGCUCAUGGCAAGCCGUGCUCCGCAUUUUCCGCUUUGAGCCGGGUGUCUCUCCGGAGAUUCAGGUGCAGUUCGAUGAUCCGCGCACGGAGGUUGCUUCAGAGGUCGCCUGGUUUUUCCAGAAGGGCUUGGGCAGCCGUUUGUUGCUGAACGCCUUGAACAGGUGGCAUGCAGCUGCCGACAAGACCCAGCCCGGCGGAGCGAAGCAGUUUUGGUACGAUCCUCUCCGGCCAUUUCGGCAAAGGCUGUCGAGCGCGCCGCGAAAAGCUGCAACCAAAGUUUGUGCACGGAAACCGGACAAAGAAACACACCUUCGGCCCAAGGUUCCAGUCGCUACUGCUGGGCCAAGAGCACGAAGAUAUCCAUGGCCGUCGUCCUUGGCUGGAGUCUAUGGGCCUGCAAACCAGCAGGUCGAUGGCUUCAAUGGCUUCAAUGGCUUCAGUUCUGGAGGCUCUGAGCCUUCGGAGCCCAGCGAUUGGAACCGGGGAAAGAAGCUUCAUGAGGCCAUCCUAAAUGGCGACUUUCUGCAGGUUUUUAAGCUCCUAGGAGAUGACAUCGUGGAUUCUCCCGUGGGAGAUGAAGGGCUCCGUCCCAUUCAUUCUGCCAUACUCAAUGGCUCCCCCGACAUGCUGGAGUUGCUUCUCAAGGCUCAAGCUGAUGUUGGACAGAAGGAUGCGCUGGGGAGAAUACCUCUGACAAUGGCUCUAAAGCGGGGCAGCCUACCCCAGACCAAGCAGCUCCUGGAGGCGGGUGCCUUUGAGCUGGCAGAGAAGGAUUUGCAAGGAGAGUCACUCAAGGACAUUCUCAGCCAGUCCUUGGACUUCCGAACGGCUCCUGAGCUGCUGGAUUUGAUCGACUCCAAGGAGAGGCCUCGACGUCAGGGGCGUGCUUUGAUCAAGGCCAUUUUGCGAGACGCGAGGACUGCAGAAGCCGCCCUUGAUGCAGGCGCGAGUCCCAGCUUCGCAGAUGAGCGUGGCGACUUGCCAUUGCACUUGUUGGCAAGAGCCAAGUACCAGGAGGAGUCAGCAGUUCGACUGUUGCAGAAGCUUGUGAAGGCCAGAGCAGAUGUCAACUGUGGAAAUCCUCGUGGAGAAACUCCACUUCUCUUUGCCUCUCAUCGGGGUGGCCUGGCCUUCGUGGAGGCUCUUCUGAAGAUUCGAGCGGAUCCGUCGCUCGCAAACUAUGAAGGCAGUACUGCCUUGAUGUACGCAGCUCACGGUGGACAUGAGGACGUUUGCACGGUGCUGCUGGAGGCCUUUGCGCCUGCUGCAGUGACCAACCAGCACGGUCUGACGGCUGAAGAAAUGGCAACGAAGCGGGGCUUCCGGCGUUUGGGCGCCAUCAUCGCAGCACAUGCUAUGGCACCGAAGAGGCCAGGGGAAGCUGAGGACAAAAUGACGCAGGCUGUGGUCAAAGAGAGCAACUUCGACAUGGAAGAGGUCGUCCGCGCCAUGAGACCACCCUUCGCUGAGGACCAAACGAUUGCAAAGAGCAAGGUGAAGAGCUUUGACGAUUACCAAAAGUGGGAGCGAAUAGUGGAGGAACUGGAGCAGCAGGAGGAGGUGGAGGAUAGGCGGCAAAGCCUGGAGAAACAUCCAGAGUUCAUCUGGAAGAAUGGUGCGGGCAUCGCUUUGCAUCAUUUCAACUCUGUUUUAAGACUGUUUUGAGCUGUUUUGAGCUGAUGUGAAAAGGAAGAAAUGUCAAGCAGUCUUUUGAGCUCCUACCUGGUGUCAGGAGUGAAGAUGCGAGUGAUGCUGUGAGCAUCUGAAGCGAUCGGAAAAGUGCCAUAACACGCUGCCAACCCG